ACUAUUCAAAGGCGAUCAAACAAAACCUAAUAAGCCAUAGCGUCCCCUAACCCACCGUGCGAGGUCUAUCGACCUCCGCACAACCCCAUCAUUCAGGGGCUGUGCUCGGGGUCUCUCACACCCACACCCAUGUCUGAACCCUACGCGCCCCCGCAGAUUCGUGCUGAACCUGUGGCGCCGCCUCUGUACAAGCAGCGAUCGUGGUCGCCGGACGCGUUUCGCGACGAGGCUUGGCUUCGACGAAAAGGGAACUGGAAGAAUCGGCGCAGCAAGAGCGUGACGGACGAGGAUGUGAACGAGCUCAAGGCUUGCAUUGAACUGGGUUUCGGGUUCGGGUCAUCCCGGGAAGUUGAAUUGGAUCAGCGGCUGUCCGACACUCUACCGGCUCUUGAACUCUACUACGUGGUCAACGAGAACUACAAGUCAACCCUCGCCACGACGCCGUCGUCCGAUUCCGAUACUCCCUCUCCCCUCGGCAGCCCCCGCACCGCCAUAUUCGCUCGAGGGGACAAUCCACAAACGGUGAAGUCAAGGUUGAGGCAGUGGGCUCAGGUGGUUGCUUGCGCGGUGCGUCAAAGUUCGGGCUGAUGCAUAAUAGAACCAGCCGAGCCGAGAAGGUUUCUAAAGUAAACCGCACAAGCCUCUUUUGACAAUGAUACUCCACCGAUCACGGGCUGAUAUUAACAAUAUAUCCAGUUGUCUAGGGAACCUUUUAUAACACUAAUUUGUUGGCAACGUGGAGCUGUCGGCAGUUUCUAAUUUACAAGCCUUGUUUGUGUGUCUUGUGUGCUUGUUUCAUCACUGUGUUCCGUAUGUGUAUGGUUUAAGGUAGGUUUAAUUUACUGAGCUAUCGUGACCCUUUCUUUUUGUCUAUUCUGAUCUCUGAUGGCCACUUUUAAGAUGAAGGUUUUCAAUUAAUAGUGAAAUAAAUGAAAAAUUCUAGAGCAA